UGGAGAUGUGUGUGCAUCAAUCUACCUGCCAUCUGCGUCAGUCUCUCCUGCCUUAAAAGUCUCCUGCACACGCACUGAUUGCAUCAUUUGGCCUCUGACAAGAGACGGAAGACGAGAGAACAUUAGAACAGCGUUUCGAUUUGCAUAGCAACGAGCAUCGAGCAGCAAUCCAAUCCCACGGCCAGAACAAUGUCAGACAAUACGAGAAGCCCAACUGCCACCCCACGUGAGGAGACCGUGAGCUAUGCCCUGUACUUGCACCGCCAGGAACUGGGACGCCCCAAGCGUCGUCUGAUGCGCAUUGCCGGCACCAAGCUGCAACUGACAAACGAGCUCAUCCUCCUGCAGCAGCGGCGUCAGUGGGAGGCGGGCGAUAGUCCGGCGGAGCUCAGCUACCAGCAGAGGUGUGCCCUGAAUCGGGAGAGCAUAUACCGCGACAGGCUGUGGAGCAACAUGAAGCGACAGCUCGAAAAGCAGCAGCAUCGCCGGCGGGCGAAGCUCCAGCAAAUGGGAAAGCUAUAGAAUAUCUGCCAGAUAUGUACAUACAUUCAUAGGUUUAAGGUUAGUCCCAGGGACUUUAAGGCAGUUUAAGUGAUAAGCAAUAAAGCGGCAUAAAUCAUCAAAA